ACUGUCGCUCUCCUUCGGUCCCGGAGACGAGAGGAGGUAACGGAAUCAAGGCGAUCUCGCACCCAAGCCGUGGCGCCCUAUAUAAGAGACCCGCGACGAAGCCGUCGUAGUACUUCCAUAUCCACAAUUCCACACAUAUUCAUCGACACAAAGAUUCAUCGCUCCAUUCGCCUUCCUUGCCUGGUGUCUAUGUCGACAAUGGAGGUGACGAAGCCCCGGCAGGUGGCGAGGAGGUUCCUGGCGCGGCCGCAGCACGAGGGCGCCGGCGCCGUCGUCCGCCGCAGCAUCGGCAGGUUCGAGCUGAGGUACUUCGACCCGUUCCUCGUCCUGGACGAGUUCUCAGCUUCUGCUCCGGCUGGGUUCCCUGAUCAUCCACACCGGGGCUUCGAGACCGUCACCUACAUGCUCGAGGGAGCGGUGACGCACGAGGACUUCGAGGGCCACCGUGGCACGAUCAAGGCCGGCGACGUGCAGUGGAUGACGGCCGGCCGCGGCAUCGUGCACUCCGAGAUGCCCGCCGGCCCCGGCACCUCCAAGGGCCUCCAGCUCUGGGUCAACCUCGCAUCCAAGAACAAAAUGGUCGAGCCGGGGUACCAGGAGUUCCAGAGCAAGGACAUCGCGUCCACCACGUCGGCGGACGGCGACGUGACGGUGCGCGUCAUCGCGGGGGAGUCCAUGGGCGCCCGGUCGCCGGUGCGCACGCGGACUCCGACCAUGUACCUUGACUUCACGGUGCGCCCGCACGCCGCCGCGCCCGUGCGGCAGCCGGUGCCGGCGUCGUGGAACGCGUUCGUGUACGUGCUCGAGGGCGAGGGCGUGUUCGGGCCGACGGAGCAGCCGGCGGGGGCGCACCACCUGCUGCUGCUCGGGCAGGGCGGCGACGGCGUGGAGGUUUGGAACAGGUCGGACAAGCCGCUCCGGUUCGUGCUCGUGGCCGGCGAGCCCAUCGGCGAGCCCGUGGCGCAGCUGGGCCCGUUCGUGAUGAACACCGAGGAGGAGAUCGACGCCACCGUCAACGACUUCGAGUACUUCAUCAACGGGUUCGAGAAGGCCAAGCAUUGGAAGUCGCAGGCGAUGAUCGCGCUAGAGCUAGAGUACGUAGGGUGAAACAAAGAAUGGGAGGACAAACUGUGAAGAACGUACUGUGCGCAUUUCGUGUACGAGGUUAUUUAUUUGUUUAUUUAUUUCUUUCUUUCAUCC